AUGAUGCCUAGCCCAUGCGGUGUUAUUUUGAAAUAUUGCAGUUAUCUUAGCCUGGGGGACAAUCGAUUCCCCACAUGAAGAAUCCAGUUCGGUAUGUCUGACAGUUUCUUGACACUCAUAGCUGCUGGUCCUCCAAGCAUCAUCAAAAAUCCUUCGAGGACAAAGGCACUUCUGGAGCGAACUGUACCUGUUAUCAAUAUUAAGCAAAAGUCCAACACGCUGCUAUCCAACUUCUGGGGCGAUGACAUUGACGUGACAAAGGAUGGACGUGUGGUCGACAAAUCUCUCCAGGACCCAUCUAAAUCACCCAAUGGCAGUGAAAAGAAGCAGCGGUCACCACGACAGACGGGUAUUGUAGUCGGUAUCGAUUUCGGAAACACAUACACCGGCGUUUCAUAUGCACACCAAGGCGAUGGCGAGAUGAUCGAUGUUGUCAAAUGGCCCAGACAUUUGAACGCCUAUGCAAAGGUGCCUACCGUCAGUUUGUACAAGACGAACGAGAACAAAGCGUUUGUGGACUGGGGAUCCUCUGCAUUAGCUACCUAUAAGCGAUCCAAGACGGAUCGCGUUCUGAUCAGGGACUACAAGCUGCUUCUAUUUGAUCAGGGCGCGAGAGGUCGACUCGACAAUGGACUCCAUCUCACAGAUGUGUUUACACAAUACUUGCAGAGCAUCCAUCGACAUCUCAUGGAGGAGGUCAACAAGAGUCAGGUCCUUGCUGCUGAAUCAGUACCGAUUCAUUAUUGCAUCACAGUACCUCAAUCCUGGACGCUGCCCACGCGAGAGCUGAUACUAAGAUGCUAUGUAGAGGCCGGCAUUAUCCUGCAAACACCAGCACCGAACAUGACCGUAAUCACAGAGGCGGAGGCGGCGGCAACUUACUGUCGGGAAAAGUGCGAGGAGUUUGAAUCGCUCAAGGAUAGCGACAUAUUUAUGAUCUGCGACGCCGGAGGAUUAACAACGACGGUGACAGUGUUCAGGGUGGAUGAUGCAUUGGGCGUCCGGCAGUUUGUCAGGAUGUCGAGCUCACAUGCAGAAAAUUGUGGCUCGGUAAUGUUGGAUCGCAGAUUUAGAGAAUUGAUCUUGUCGAAGCUGCAGGGUCUGGAUAUCGACGGCAAACCGACGCGACAAAAGGCAUUUGAGACCCUACUCGAGGGAUUCAGGGAGAUCAAGUCGCAGUUCGAUGGCAAUUCGAGGGAGGAGAUCAAACAUAUAUCGGUGCCGAUGGGUCUAGAUGUUAAAGACCUGGACCCACCGCCGGCUUGGAUGGAGGACGAGUAUAUGGCACUUAAGGGACAGGAACUGUGCGAUCUUGUGUUUGACCCUGUUGUGGAGAUGGUCCAGGAACUUGUUAACGCGCAGUCGAAGGUGCACCCAGUUUGUGCGGGCUUGUUCAUGGUGGGUGGGUUCGGUGCCAACAAGUACCUACUGCACAGACUUGAGCAGGCAGCAGCGGCGAUGAACAGGGAUACUGGUAGCAAUCGAUCAUCGUUCUUGAACGGGCUUUCUGAAUCGAUGCCUGAACUGAGGCUGAACGGGUCCUCUUGUCCAGGGGUAAUCAAGAAGGUCAUUAUGGUCCAGAAGGCGGAGCUGGCGGUGGCUCGCGGCGCUGUGAUUUAUGGGCUCAAGAGCGCUUCACAGUACACCAAAGCUUUUCUUUAAUCAUACACCAAUGCAAUAAAGAAUCAUAAAAUGAAAAAGGA